UUGAGUCUCCGUUAUUUUUGGGUGUAACUCUUUUGUGUUUCCAACUUUUUUGAGCAAGUUUGGUAUCAAUCGAAAGCUCUAGAUCUGCUGAUUCUGUUUCUUUAAAGAAUAGAACAGUACGAGCAUUGAGUAAAAAAUUAGAGACAAAAGAAGGCCGAAAAUCGCGAUUUUUUGAGCCUAACAAUUUGAAGAUUUUUAGGAUAUUUUGACGUUCUUCAGUUUAAUAAAUGUCACAACAUCACCCAAAUCAUCCAAAUAUUCCUUCAAACAUUCCUUUUCAAUUAAAUAUUGUAAAUUCUACAAAUACUUCAAUUCCUUCUUUUAAUUAUUUAACUGAACAACAACCCAAUGAUGUUUACGAAUUCAACGAUAGUCCGGAAGAGGACAAAAUGGCUGCUCCAAUGACUUCAAAUUACUUUCAAAAUGUAUCUCCAAGCAUUACAACGUCUUUUAAUCAAUACAAGAGUCCAAUUACAGCUUCUCCAAGCUUUUCAACAACUCCAAAAAGAAUAAAAACGGCAAUGCUUGCAAAAAAAUUGGUUGCUGCUGCUGCGGUGGAGUCCUCUUCAAGUGCUAACAAGGCAAGUCUGGUCGAAAGUUUGCCCGAAUCAAAACCUGAAACUGUGGAAUUUUGUCAAAAAAUCGAAAAUCAAGUCAAAAGAGAAGAGUAUUACGAAAAGGAAGGGACUGAAUUAAAAAUUGGAAAUGAAUUAAAAAUUGAAGGAUCUGAUGAAAUUAAACUACAACCUUCACAACAACAACACAGAGCCUAUUCUUUUACUUGUGGAGGAGUGCAAGAACAAAAAAAGGUCCCUCCUCUAAGAAUUUCUUUAAUAAAAACGCCAAGUGAAGAUGGGGAGUCUCAACCAGUAUUGUAUUCACCAGUCAGUUCUGUUCGAAAAACUAAGAGGGCAACUGGUGGACGUUCAAAUACUACUAGUUCAAAGAAGGAGGAAAUGAGGAGAGUGACAAGGAGCAGAGUUCGCCAAACAAAUAAUUUAAAUGAUGGAGAUGACAACCACCAACAACCCCAACCUUACAGAAAACGUCCAAAGCGAACAUUAGAAAAUUACAAUUCUUCAAAUAUCGGAUUUUUGGAAGAAGAAGAUGCUAGUAGUGCUGCUGAGGGUGCCUGUGAAGAUAAUUUAAUGAUAGAUGAGGAUGAAAAUGAUGAACAAAAAAAUGAGGAGAAUUCACAGCAUAGCAGUUCUAAAAGUGUUUCUGAAGUUCACAGCGCUAGCCGUUCUACAAGUAUUUCUGCAUUGGCAAGUGGAAAAGAACAAUCGCAACAAAAUUUGGAAAAUGAAAAGAAUAAUAAUAAUGGAGGAAAUGAUGCAAGUACUACCACAACAACAACCCCUUCUGUUGCUGCUACUCUUUUUGCUAAAAAUAGUUUUGAACAAAGUAUUUGUUAUGAAACAAUGAUGCACAAUAAAUGGACACAAAAUUAUGUUGAACAUUUAGCUUUUCUGAUAGAAACAAUGCAAAGUACAGAUGAAAGUCAAGGGACGAGGUCUGCAAAGACAAAAAAUUUUUCUUCAAGUGGACAUGAAAAACAAAAUAAUGAGAUUUGUAAAGAUUUACCAGAAGUUCUUAAAAAACUCUUUUUGGAACAAGAGAAGCGAAGGCAUGAAUUGGCAGAAGAACACAAUUUAGAUAAAGAAAGGAUAACCCAAAUGGCAGAGAGAGAAAUGUGUAGAAUUGGGGCUGAUAGAAAGAAACAACUUUUUCCUGUUGUUUCUUGUCUCCGCGAUUUUGUUUGCCACGACCCAACAUUAUUAUCCCAAUCGAUGCAAAAUUUAGAAGAAAGAAGGCCUCGAAUGUGCACAACACCUUCAAUUAAUCAAUUUAAACAACGCUUUAAUAAACUUGUAAAUACAACAAAAAAUAGGCAUUUAUUGGAAGCGCAGUCGUUAAUGGAAGUUCAGGUUUAUUGA